AAGUAGAGGAGAAAAUAGGCGCCGCGGGACGAGAUAUUGUCUUGUCUGGUAAUCGGGCAACUACCUACCUGCCUAUUAUCCCAGGAAGAACAUCCUAACCAUUUUCGACUUUUGUUUCCUCUUCCUAAAUCCAAUAAAGAAACAUCCUCCUACGACCGAAACAAAAGUCCGAAAUCUUGUGAAUCUUCGCAAUGUUUCUUCCUUUCUAUUUUCAGCAACAUAUAUGAAUCAUAUAUCCGUAUAUGCACAUACAUGCAUAUACACAUAUUCAUCCACCCAGCCCCUGCAAUUCCAAUUCUGCGGCCCAAUUUCGCCCUCAGACUCCACCCGGGAUGUUCUUCUGACACGAAACGGUGUAAAGUUCCUGUCUUUUUCGUUGUUUUAUGCGUUUGUUGAUGUCGGAUUAUUGAUUUUUUUUUUGUUUGUUUUUUGUUUUUGGGUGGAAGCGUAAUUGCAGUGUGAAAAAGGGAUCAGGAGAGAGAAUUCAAUAGAACUAUAGUGCAUGCAUUUGUGAUCUGGGUUCUUUCAAAUCAGAGAAGAUGUCUAUCCAUCAGGGCAAUACAGACGGCAACAAUGGCUCAGGAGUUUAUUCACGUGGUGAAGGCUCCUGCCUCUAUGAACUUCUACAAUUGGAAAUCACCCCAAGUUUUCGUCGUCAAAUGGAUAUACAUGACAAAUCUUUAAGUCCCCGGCUUAGACUGCAGGCUCUGUUGAAAGAAUCCAACAAUAAAAAUUGCGCUGAUUGUGGAUCUCCAGAUCCGAAAUGGAUAUCAGUGAGUCUCGGUGUUUCAAUAUGUAUCAAGUGCUCUGGUGUACAUAGAAGUCUCGGAGUGCAUAUAUCAAAGGUUUUAUCGGUGAGUCUGGACGAGUGGACAAAUGACCAAGUCGAUGCUUUCAUAGAAAUGGGUGGCAACGCCAUUGCAAACAUGAAGUAUGAAGCCGCCCUUCCAGAUAAUUUUAAGAAGCCAAAACCAGAUUCACCUAUAGAAGAGCGCACCGACUUUAUAAGGAGAAAAUACGAGAAGCAACAGUUUCUGAACUACGAUGUACAUAUGCUAUGUCCGGUUGCAUCUUCUGCAUCCUCCUCUUAUUGUGAUACAUUAGCCUAUUAUUCUAGCACAACGCCCGAGAGGAAACUCCAAUAUGAACAGAAGCACUCGAAUAGCCAUCAUCGCGCCCAUGGCUUUGGGCAUUUCCGCCAUAGCCGGAGAAGGAAAGAAUCUGAUCACCACAAGAGUAGGAAAAGUAGUUCAAUGGCAGGUAUGGUUGAAUUCAUAGGACUUAUAAAGGUCAAUGUGGUGAGAGGUACCAACCUGGCUGUUCGCGAUAUGGUAACUAGCGACCCUUACGUUAUUCUGUCGUUGGGAACCCAGUCGGUGAAAACUCGCGUUAUAAAGAACAAUCUGAACCCUGUUUGGAAUGAGAAGCUCAUGUUGUCAAUCCCAGAUACCAUUCCUCCAUUAAAAGUGCUGGUGUAUGACAAGGAUACAUUCACGACAGACGAUUUUAUGGGGGAGGCCGAGAUCGACAUCCAACCUCUCGUGGUGGCUGCACGAGCAUCGGAGGGUUCUCCAACACCACAAAGCGAGGCAGCAACGACACCGCCAGCGGGAAAACCACAAAACGAGGUAGCAACGACACAGCCAGCGGGGAGAUGGAAGACGGUGAAGGAGAACACGCUGCACGUUAAGGAUGGCGUUAUACAGCUCUCGGAGGGGAAGGUGAAACAGGAAAUAGCAAUAAAGCUGCAGAAUGUUGAAAGGGGUGUGCUGGAGAUUGAGCUUGAAUGUGUCCCUCUAACUCAAUAGAAGCCCAAGGGUGGUUGAAGAAAUCUGAAGGAAAAAAACAAAAACAAAACAAAAACAAAAAACAAAAAAAAUAAUGCAGGAAAAAUUACUUAUUUUAUUUUAUUUUUUAUUUUUAUUUUAUUUGAACUGUUUUUGACUCAAAUGUAAAGUGUGGUAAAACCAUUUUAUGCUUUGGAAUGGAUAAAAUCCUUUAUCCAUACCAUACCA